UUCUUCCAAAAUCCCCCUCCCCUUCUCCACCAAAACCCCAAAACACACACACACCAGCCUCCCCCCUUUGCACUGAGGACAUCCCUGGGUUGAGUGUGAGAGAGACAGAGUGUGUCUAACUUUCAGUGCUGGAUCAUUAAUCCCGAUUCAUCCCCAGCUCCAACAACUGGGCCUCAUCAAGCCUACCCUCACUGGCGGAGGAAAUCAUGACAGACGCAGCAACCAACAUGCGGCUGAAGCUCCCGAUCAUCUGCUUCAUCCUGGAGGUCAUCCUCAUCAUCCUCUUCGGUGUGCUGGUGCAGUACGACUCUGAUACGGAUGCAAGGCAGUGGCAUAACAACACCAACUCUGGUCACUCUGACUACGAGAAUGAAUUCUACUACCGCUACGCAAGUUUCCAGGAUGUGCAUGUAAUGAUCUUCAUGGGUUUCGGCUUCCUCAUGACCUUCCUGCAGCGAUAUGGCUUCAGCAGUGUGGGCUUCAAUUUCCUGAUCGCAGCCUUCGCCCUGCAGUGGGCGACGCUCAUGCAGGGCUUCUUCCACGGCAUGCAUGGAGGCAAGAUCCACAUCGGAGUGGAGAGCAUGAUCAACGCUGAUUUCUGCACCGGCGCUGUGCUCAUCUCAUUUGGGGCCGUUCUGGGUAAAACCAGCCCCGUCCAGCUGCUGGUCAUGGCCAUGUUCGAGGUCACGCUGUUUGCUGUCAAUGAGUACAUCGUGCUGUCUGCUCUAGGGGCCAAGGAUGCUGGAGGCUCCAUGACCAUCCACACAUUUGGAGCCUACUUUGGCCUGAUGGUGACCCGCAUCCUGUACCGACCCAACCUGGACAAGAGCAAGCACAGGAACAGCUCCGUCUACCACUCUGACCUGUUCGCCAUGAUUGGCACCGUAUACCUGUGGAUGUUCUGGCCCAGCUUCAACUCUGCCAUCACGGCUCACGGAGACGACCAGCACCGCACAGCCAUGAACACCUACUACUCCCUGGCAGCCUGCACCCUGUCCACCUACGCCAUGUCUGCCCUCACGGCACACGAUGGCAAGCUGGACAUGGUCCACAUCCAAAAUGCUGCCCUGGCCGGUGGAGUUGCAGUGGGAACAGCCGGCGAAAUGAUGCUGACACCUUUCGGCUCCAUGAUCGUCGGUCUCUUGGCUGGCAUCAUCUCUGUUCUGGGCUACAAGUACCUCUCACCCAUCCUGGAGGACAAACUGAAGAUCCAAGACACCUGCGGGGUGAACAACCUGCACGGCAUGCCCGGCAUCCUGGGCGCUAUUGUGGGAGCAGUCACUGCUGCUGUGGCAACCAAGGCCGUUUACGGAGAGGGUAUGAAGGACGUCUUCCCUGAUGUGGCCAAUGGAGACAUUGAUGCGUCUUACCAGGGCGUCCGUCAAGCCAUUGCCCUCGCUGUCACCUUGGGCAUCUCCCUGCUGGGGGGGCUUAUUGUCGGUUUCAUUUUGAAGCUUCCCGUCUUCGGCGCCCCCUCUGACACCAUCUGCUUUGAGGACAGCAUCUACUGGGAGGUGCCUGGAGAGGAGACGGCUCAUGUUGACCUGACCAUUGUGAAGAUGGAGGAGUCCGAGAAACUCAACUGCUAGACACACGCGCACACACACACACACACACACACACACACACACACACACACAUACACUGAGGUUUUAU